UCAGCUCUCUUCAUCAUAAAAAAUUAAACCCAUUACUUACUUAAGCAAAAGAAAAAGAAAAAAGUUUAAGAUUAUGGAGGGCUUCAUAAAGCUGUCAACAUUGUUGAUUGUGUGCAUGUUAGUGUCAGCUCCAAUGGCAGAGGCAGCAAUCUCGUGUGGCGCCGUCGCCAGCAACUUGGGGCAAUGCAUUAACUACCUGACCAGGGGCGGAUUCGUUCCUCGAGGAUGUUGUUCGGGUGUUCAGAGGCUCCACAGCAUGGCUCGGACCACACGUGAUCGGCAACAAGCUUGUCGCUGCAUUCAAGGAGCAGCUAGAGCCUUGGGUUCCAGACUUAACCCAGGCCGUGCUGCUCGUCUUCCUGGUGCUUGCCGUGUUAGGAUCUCUUACCCCAUCAGCGCAAGAACCAACUGUAACAACAUCCGGUGAGCAUGAGAGCAUAUAUACGUUGAAGUGUUUUAAUUUCCAUAAAAAUAAUGUCACUAGUAUAAUUGUGUAUCCUUUCAAUGUUAUGUGUUGUUUUCAGAAUUGGUGUGUUUCAUUUCUUUCUUUAUAUACGACCGUCCAUUUAAGUGGCCAUCUCUGUUAUGUAUUCCUCUAAGGCGCUAAUGAUGUAUGGAAUUACUAUAUGUAUUGUUUCCCUGCUC